GUACACCAUCAAGUCAUGGGAGAUGAUAUGAUUAGGGUUUCAGUGUUGGAUGUGAGACAACCAGAGGCUAGAGUUCCUAUGCCCACAGUGGAGGUUCAGACAAUGGGACAAGCCUUGAACACCUUCCUUCAGUGGCCUUAUAAGUUAGUAAAGGUGAUAUCUACGAAGGAUAUUGUUACCUCACCAAAGGGUAAAGGGACGGUCAUUGUUACCCCUUCUAGAAAUCUUCCUCCAAUAAAAAGGCUAUGGAGAUUAGUUGCAGAUAUGGAAGAUGACGAGCAACCCAAACAACUCCCUUGGCCUCCUGAAGUGUUUAACAUGUCUAGUAAAGUACCUCUAUAUAUAAGUCAGAGUGAUAUAUCAGAGAUUACAAAUGGUCAUUGUAUGCUAAACAUAUCAAUUUUGCAGUUAUGGUUGUUGUAAGUAUUUAAAUUAUUUUUAAUUAUA